GCUGCUACUUGUCAUUCCUCGGAGCUGAGAGUUAGCGAGAGACACAGCUCGUGACGACGUUUCUGUUCAACUUCUCUCCAGUUGUUCAACAUGAGAGGAAAAUACAAAAGAAGGGACCGCAGCGACAGUGGUGGCGAGACGGCUGACGUCGCCCCAGGGCUCUCUCCUCUCCCCGGGGAAACCGCGGCGGGCUUGGCCGAGCCUGACACGCCUUUCCCGGGCUUCACCCUCCAGGAUGACCGUCGGAGGAAAAAGGGUGUAAGAUGCUCCACGUAUGACAGUGAGAAGGUCUACCUCGGAGUUCGUGUCAAGUGCCCAGUGAGGGAUCUUCUGAGGAAAAAGCGUCUAGCCCUAGGCUGGGAACCUCAAAAUGUUCAGGAGGCGUUCAGCAAAACAGUCAAAGGAGACAAGAAACGUGUCAAAACUCGUACAGGACACCAGACCACCAAGAAAAUAUGUCUCACAAAAAGCCUGGAGGAGCUGGCAAUCAUCGUGGAAGUGCUGGAAGAGGAUCUUAGGGCCAUCAACACCCACCACUCCCUUUCCCAAACUCUGUCCUCUAACCCUCCGGUGUCCCCUGCGCAGUCUCCAGCUGGGUACAACAGUGACGAGUCUGAUGAAAUGAUCCCCAGCCCACAGUCCUACAUGUCGUACCCACUGGGCGGAGUGGAGUACUACCAGGCCCCGUCGCCUCUCGGCUUCAUGCACACCAGCCUUCAGCCUUCCAGCAUUGCAGGUGUGAAAAGAGACAGUGGAGGAAGGGAGGAGUGGCUUGAUCCCCAGAACCACAACUGGAACAUGAACAGCUCUGCGUUCUUCUGGGCCCAGCUGCAGAAAGAAGAGAACCAGUUGAGGGACAUCUCUGAUGCACCACUACUGGCCACCGAUGAACAUGGCAGAACGGCUCUCCAUAAAGUAUCAUGUGUCGGAAAGAGGGCACUGGGCUACGCCAUCGCUAAAAGGAUGUCUGUACUCAACAGCCUGGACCUUAAAGACUCUGAUGGAAUGACUGCCCUGCUGCAUGCGGCGAAUCACAACCAUCACCUCAUGGUGGCAGAUUUGAUCUGUUUGGGGGCCAACGUCAAUGAGACCAACAACUCAGGAAAGUCCUGCCUCCACCUGAGCGCUGAGAAAGGCUACAUCCGAGUCCUGGAGGUUCUUAAACACUCAAUGAUGAAUGGUGUGUAUGUUGACGUCGAAGCCACUGAUAACUGCGGAAUGAGCGUCCUUCAGUGUGCCUCAGUGGCUCUGAAGGCCACAGUACGUGAGCUGGAGAGCAGUAGAUCUCCCAGUCACACCAGACUCCACACGCUCCGCCAAGAGCAGAUGAUGGAGACCCUGGAGUGUCUGCUACACAUGGACAGCUACCUUCACACCAUGGUGCAUCACCCUAUGAGAGUUAAGGGAAGCUGGAGCAUGCAACCUAGAAUUGGUUGAGCCACUGGCACCCCCGCCUGGCAGGGCACUUUGGAGACCCAACAGUAAUGUUCUGAGUUGGUUCAGGCCUGAAUUUGUCAUGGAGAGACCUCAAUUAUUGGGGUUCUUUUCACUCUGAGAAUGAGUUCAGGCCUGUAAUGUAAAGCAUCUGAUGUUUUGUGUGUUGUAAAAAUGCCUGACUUGCAAUCAGGUGUUUAUGGUUACAUGCACAGAAACGUCAGGUGCCCAUUGGCUGGUUUCUGUGAAACUUCCAUUGUUUGUUACAUUUGAGUAACAAGUUGUUCUCAGUAAGUGUGCCUAUAGAGAUUCAUAUGUAAAAUCCUAUGAGAAUAUUUUUUAAAUAUUACAUGACAGCAAAUUUACAUUUUUUGGACUUCUGCACACUGGUUUUAAGGGUCCAGGCAUGUUUUAAAAGCCCGGCCCCUAAAUACCAUAUUUUCUAGCAGGGAGGGAAAGUCACGGUUGCCUUAUGGACAUAGUUUUAGCUUGGAUUGUAUUUAAGCAGCAGCGCCACAGUUUGUUGCUGCAUAUGAUCCAAAAAUUGUUGAUUCCAUUUUUUGGUCAAGAAUCCGGCAAUAGAUUUGUUAUUCCCCACUGGGACCCAGCUUAGUUAAAGAGCUUUACAGCCAUUGAUUUUACAUAAUUGUCUUGAAGACAUGACAGUUUUACUAAGUAUUGUAAGGUGAUGGGGAGUGAAUAUAGUUUGAUUUAAUUGCCUUCAAAUGUCUCGCGUGCAGGGAGUUUUUUUACCACUUAGAAUACACUCACUGAGCACUUUCUGGGAAACACCUGCAAUUAUCCAAUCUGUCAAUCCUGUCAAAGUGCGGCAGCACAUUGUACAAAACCACAGAGAAGUAGGUCAGAAACUUCCUUUUAAUGUUUGUAUCAAUUAAAAAUGAGGAACAAGUUUGAUGUCAAUGACUCUGACACAGUUGUUGGUGCUGACCUGGUUUCAGUACCAGUCUCUAUCAGAAGUGGGUUAACUCAUAAUCUAUUUUCUUUAAAGAAGCCCUUCCAGAGGGAUAAACGUUGUGUGUUGUAAACAGUGACAUGUAAGACAACUCUUGCAUAUUUAGUUUGCCCAAAAAUGUGCCAGUAGUAUUUGCACAUUGUCACUUUAUUUCUAAUGCAGAUUCUAUACUGGCCCACAGACUUUAUGGUGAGACACCGAUGAUAUUGUGUUUUAAGUCAACUAAGUAGUCUAUGGGCCAGUGGUUUCUGUCACAUGGAUCAGACGUUGUUGGCCAGAGUGUGUCACCAUUAUAAAAUUAUCAUUAUUUGUCAAGUGGCUGUUUGCAAAUAUUACUAUAUAAAUAAUUCUACUGCUUCAACCCCAAUUUAAUGGGUUAUUUUCUGACCCGUACCACAUCCGUGGUUCCGUGGUAAUCCAUCCAGUAGUUUUUGUGUAAUGUUGCUCACAAACCAACAAACCAACAGACAGGGGUGAAAACAUAAACAACAUCAGAGGAAAGUUUCCAGCAUCUUGUCCAAUCAGCGAUUCAGCUGAGGAUGUUUGAGAGCAAAUUGACAUUGGUGGGUGUAGACUAACCAUUUGUAUGGUGUUGCUAAUAAGUGCUCAGUGAGUAUAUAGCAAAGUUUGUCUACAGAGACACUGUAAAAUAUAUUGUGUUAAAAGGACAGUUUGUGUUUGCUUUCUUACUGAGAGUGAGAGGAGAGCAUCAGUUAAUCUCUUUGUGUUCAAUAGAAAAGCGUCUUAAAUGUGUUUAGUUUAGCCAGCUUAGUUUAGGACUGAAAGUGGGGUGUGAAGAGCAAGUCAAAAAUGCUGUCCAAAAACUGUCACUAGUGCACAUUGUAUCAUCUGUAUUUAAUACAUGUUGAUAUAGAAAACAAAAAGCAAUUAGCUCAUGCACUGAAGCUAUUGACCAACGUGUUGCGCUCAUCAGCUGUAGUUAUAGUUAUUUUAACAGGUAUUCAUGGGAAGUGUGACACUUGAUUGUGCCUCAGAUCAGUUUAGGCCAUGUGAUUCAUGCAGUCACUAAUUUUCUUUAAAAUAUAUAUUGCAAAAGUUUUUUUUCACAAAUGAAUAGUAAUUUGUUUUCUAGUGGAUCAGACAAAGAUGGUGGUAUGAGGUAUUUUUCUCUACUGUUUUUAUUUUUGGUCUAUAGAAGACAAUGGGAUUCAUUUUCCAGUGAGUGGUCAAAGUUAUGUAUACUCAUACUUCUGUAAUAUUUGUUGUGUAUUUUUGAAUUAUCUGCUGUGUUUGUUACUACUGAUGAUAUUCAUACAAUUUUUUUUAACACUAAUCAAUAGUUUUAUUUACUGAUUAAAGAGACAUUAAAUGGUGACAGUAUUUUUUGUUUGAACAACAAGUAUUUACAGUAUUCUCAUUUACACUAUUGUAGUAUAUUAAUAUAGAAGUAUUUUUUAAGUAUCUUACAUGUGAAUUUAUGGCAAAGGGUUUUCAGAGUGGGAGAUGAGUCCAUGGGGGCUCCAAACCAUUUGAGGGCAGACUCAGUGUGUGAAAGUGCAAUGAUAUUACAUUAGUAAUUACAAAGAGAUUGCAUUGAACAGACCAACUAUGUUUGAUGUGCUUAUAGAGACUCCCCCAGAGUCCAAUCCCCCAGAGUCAGAAACUAAUAAAUGCCUUAGGAAAGCCCUUUCUGUGUUUGGUGAAGUCUGAAGUUGUAUCAAUUCAGCAAUGUUAGGUUGUCUUUACGUAAUUGUUAUAGCAUCUCUGGGAUCAAAUACGUACUCAUGAUUUCACAGGUUUCCACAAUUCCAGAGCAAGACUAUGCAGAAUAAGGUGGUUUGAGUGGGCACAUUUUUUACAAGAUUUUUUCCCCAAAAAUCUUUCCAAUUUUUCUCUCAGGGAGUCCACAGUCUAAGACUGAUGAGGAUAUGAUUUAUGGCAACAUGCAACUUAGAUUAUAAUGUUUUCAACUAUAUUUUUCCCACAGGGAUGUCACUUCAUAUAGCUCUUAGUAAGAAAUGAAAUGUUACAUACCUGUGUUUGUGUUUAAUGUAAACCGAUGGGUAAGGGAUUUUGGUUUCUAUUUGUACUGGACUGUAUUACGGAAGCUGACAAUGUCAAUAUGACACUUCAUGCAUGAUGUUAACAAUUCAUUU